GAAUCGACGGGUUCCAGUUGCCAAGUCGGUUGCGACGAGAGAGCGAGGAUGGAAGACUUGUGAAGCCAGAAGUGGCAGCGGCCAGCGACCAGCGGUAGUGCCAGUCAGUGAGCGUCAGUCACGGAGGUCGGCCAGAGGACAUGGACGGAGCGCGGCUGUGACCGGCGUGAGGGAAGGAAGGAACCAAGAGUGGAUGACACUCCACGCAGAAGUGGCAGGCGGAGGAGGAGGCCAGCGGCUGCUGAAACAGACCCAAGUUUGAGACAUCCCCUAGAGCGGAAGAUCAGACACUUUACAUUUACGGAGAGUAAACUCAAGAUUGGACAAAUGGUUAAAAUGCCUCAGCGUCAACGGCACAACACGGGCGGGGGAGCGGGCGGGGCAGAGUUGCCCCUGCUAGACCCCGGUGUGAUCGAGGCACACAAUGCCGUCACCACCACCCGUUGCUGCGUGCCCCUGUCAUGCGGGUGUUUACGGGGCUACGAGCCCAUCAACCUCGAUUCCCCGACCGGGUGUGUGCGUGUACACUGUAACAACGAGCACUGUACGCUGGGUAACCUCAUGCACGGCGAAUGCUUCUCGGCGUGGGAGAUGCACGUGCUAGCCUACCUCAGGUCGUGCGGCCGUGCGCGCUCUUGGUCAGAGAAGCAGCGUCUACAAAACUUAUGGACCAAGCGAGGCUACGACCUCGCCUACCGGGCGUGUACGUGCCUGUGUAGCCGCGGACAUCUGAGGAAAGACCUUGACUGGAUGCCCCCGUCCGAGUCUGACGACGACAACAAAACUAAGAAGAAAAAGAAGAAUCGGCAGAACCAAAAACCAGCUCUUGUAACGGUGGGCAACGGCGCCCUCAAUAACAACCCCAAUAAUGCCAACAACAAUAACAACGUGGUGCUGAGCGGCCUGAGUACCACUUCGGGCUGCGAGACGUCUGGUCAACCUUGUCAGCGCCACCGUAACAACUCCAUUUCGUCCACCGGGUCCUCGCCGCCCUCGGAUGCUCCAACAAGCCCGCACCACACAGCCGCGCCAGGCAAACGCCGUUCAAGGGACUUCUUCUCUGACAGAAGCAGGCACGGGUCGGGCGGCAGCAUGUUUGCACGGCGGGCAGACUUCAGCAGCUUCAACGUGCUGCCCAGAGACAAGAUCAAUUCAUACCACAUCAAGAUGGAGGAUGACGGGUUCCCCGGCAACGACGACACCCGCUGCUUCAUCCUGUCUACACUGGCAGCACAGCGCACCAGCAGGACGGCGUGUGUGCUGUGCCACCAGCCCCUCCUCGUAUUCGACCGAUACCCUCUUCUCGACGGGACCUUCUUCCUCACUCCCAUCCAGCACGCCAAGUCGGCCAUUCCCGUGCGGGUGGAGGGUCGCCAGCAGUACCUGACGGCGGUGUGCAUGGGCUGCCUCGAAGGAUGGUCGGUAGGCCUCCGCUGUAGUUAUUGCAACACGCGGUGGAAUGGCUCCCCUCUCAUCCUGGGCACCAUGUACUCCUUCGACAUCUUCGCCGCCAUGCCCUGCUGCGAGGGGCGGCUAAAGUGUAGCAAAUGCGACGCUUUGGUGAUCCCUCCCGACCAGAGACUUAGCUUCUUCAGCGACUACAGCAGGACCCACGCCUGUCCCUCCUGCGGCCACCUUGACCACCAUUUUGUAAAGCCGCUGAGUUCCUUCAUUAGAGAAGACAAGCAGACGUGGUAGUCCCGUCGCCCUCCCGUCCUCCUAGCCUAUCAAGUCGAGGAGGAAAGGAGCGCAGCGUAGACUCUUCCACGCCACACCAACACCACCACUACCACCACCACUACUAUCAAGACUCCGUCAAAUGUCGCCGGAGAAGAGUAGUGUAUAGUGAACUAAGAGGCAUCGGAAGAAGGAAAAUGCUGAUGAAAUAAAAAUUAUAAAGAAGCAGGCGGAUAGACAAGAGGAGUUGAGGCAUGGACAGAAAGUUAAUACAGAGAUUGUAUAUGUUUUGGGCGGUGUUUCGUGAUAACACCUUGAAGGUCCCUGUACAAAUGACCAUGUUCUUUGAGAGUAAAACACGCGGAGUAGAAGGAGGAAGAUUAUGAAGAAAAUAUCAAAUACGAACAAAAGAAAAAGAAAUAGCAAAGUUAAUAAUCCAUAAAGGAAAAAAAAAUUAUGCAUCAGAAACGCUCUGUAGACUCAGAAGUGAGAACACCUACGUCACUUGUAAACAGAGGCAGGAAAUGAGAAGACAGAAUUCGAAAGAAGAGAAGAUGGAAGCGUUACCGCCAUUACUACCACCUCUGCUGAGAUCAGGUGAGCUUUAGAGAAUAAAUAUAAUAUAAAAAAAAAUUGCGAUUAAUUGAGACAGAAGCACCGUUUGUACCGCGUGGAAGAAAAGGAAAAUAUAAAAAGUGUUUACCAUGUCCAUACAAAAGACGCAUGUAGAUGAAAAAAGCAAACCUCGUGCGUGAAUGUUUGAUAAAUAACGAAUGUGAGUGGAGUCAAGGCUGUCCAGUGAACUAUUUUCAGAAGACAAAAUGAGCAGAAGAGAAAACAGUGUAAAGGUAUGGAGGGGAAUACAGUCAGUGUGAGGACACAAACCAAUAAACAAACUUACAAAACAAAAGAACAACUAAAAAUUGAGUGACACUCAUAUGAAACGGGGAAAGAAACUUUGGUUAAAACAUAAAACAUUUUGUGUGUUUUUUCUAUUUUUUUUAUGCUGCUGAAUUUGUUUGGCGAAAAAUAUCCACCGGAAACAGUGGAUGGGUGUAAAUAACUAGACAUUAGCUGUAUUCUAAUUGUGUGACCUCUUGUGCUAUCGCCGUAAGUUCCGAAUUUCGAUGUUUCAUCGUAGUCAUAGGCAGAGUCCUUGUUGACAGUCAGACACUCAUCCCCGCUGCGGAAAACAUACAUGUUUGCUUCAAAACAUUGAGAGAAUUAAGAAAAGAGAAUAGAAAAAAUCUGGAGUAGCAAAGAGGAUAUGGAGGAAAAUAGCGAUGGGUGAGUGGAACUGAUAUUUUUUUUCUGGUGAAAGGAGGAGAGGAUGUGGACAGAAAAAAAUCUUUAACAAGAACGACAUGGACCAAGAAACUGUUGUGAGACAGCCAAGAAUGAAAUGUUAGCCAAGGAUGAACUGUUAUGGAUAAACUGAACUUGUUGGAAACAAAUAUUUUAAACACCUGCGGACCAGUCAGCGUGGGAAGAAUUGGUGUGAAAAAGACUAGAUAAAGUCUUUACGAAUGAAUAGGUGGAAGAAGAGCAACAGCAAUAACCACACUUCCCACCAGCGGAAGGAGGGAGGCUAAGAAGAUAUGGAGAAAGAGCGCGAGGUGCAAAGUAGAAUAAACAUCAUCGUCUCUAAAUCACUAUUCCUUAGACAGCAGUGACGGUGUAUAAAGAUCUUUUAUCAUCACUGCCUCCACUACCAUCAUAACCACCACCACCACCACCACCACCACCACCACCACCAUAAACAACAACAAUAACAGAUGGUGGAGGAUGACCAUACAAAAAGCACCCGCGGAAAGAUGAGAAGAAGAAAGUGGAAAAAAAGAGUGGAAGGAUGUCAUCACUACAGUGGAUGAACACCAUAACUCCAGCACUAUCCUACCAUCCUGCAGCACCGUCCACACCCCGCCCCGCGGCACGCCCCCUCCGGUCCGGUCUGCGUGGUCCAUCAGUGUCCUGUGGCCUGCUGUUUACCCCUGUACCGGCCCGGACCACCUGGAUAACGCCGGUGCAGGAGGCUCAAGUGUAGCGUCACCUGGGCGGCUGUCCCCACGAAGGAUAUAUGCCUGUAAGUUAGUUCAAUGUGCACUCUUUUCUUUGUCCCGUAGCUCCUGCUAAGACGACAGUGAAUCUGCUUGUAUUUAGGAAUGAAAAAUAAGGACAAACUUUUUACUAAGAGCUCUCCGUACUGGGUGUGUAAGGUUUUAUACUUGUAGCUUGUAAUCUUGUGUUGUGGGAGGUUUCUGUUCGCCCCCGCUACGCUUCACACGCAAAGGGAAAAAAAAAAAUUGAAUCGACUUUUUUUCUCUCAUAUCUGCCUGAUUGGCUUUGGCAGUUUGAGCUUUAGCGGCCCCGCAGCGAAGUGUGAGACCGGGGCGUGCGGAAGCCUCCUCACAGCCACUCCCGUUUAAUGCAGAAUAGCUGGCAAGCGCUGCCCAAGAAGUCGGGUGAGGAAGGUGAUGGUCGAGCCUCAGUCAGUCACAUGAGUACCUCUCGAGAACCAGUCAUCACGGAGUGUUAGUCACACUACCUAAGAGUCGCUUCAGUCGACUAGCGUUGUGAGUCGGUCAGCAGAAAGUAAAACUGAAAAGAAAACAAGCGAGUCAGUUGCGUUGCGACCAUUAUGAACCACUGAACCACCAUAAGUGUAUAAGUUUUUACGUGUAGGGCUUAACGUUAUAAGUAAGAUAGUUGUAACAGUAACUCUGAGUCAUAAGAUAAGGUUCAACUCAUCAGUCGGUAUCGCUUUUGAAGACGCGUGAGGAUGAAGCGGACCCAUGCGGGCAGUGGGCGGGUGUCAGGCGCCAGACACCUGUCCCGGGGUCUCGCCGGGCCUGGAGGUCACUCGGGUGGAACACCCACACCUCCAGGUCUCCCGUUAGUUCUGCAGUCCUGAUCAACUUUGGAAGGACGGUUGGCACUGCAAGUAGUGAAACUGCUUGUUGAUGUCAAAACAGGAACGUCCCUAAACAACCGGUCUGUGUCGUAAUGUAUAUACAUACUAAUCGUUUGAGUUAUUAAGAGAGAAAAGAUCCUGGUUGCUGUCGUGUGAACUUACCAUUAAGGUCUUGUUCCAACCUGACGAGAUGCCUCGAAGCUCACAAGACGAUCUAAUUGACUGACUGACGUCAUUGCUUCCUCUAAGGAACUGGAGACUCACUCCUCCGCAUGACUCACUUGACCUCGCAUGGCAUUGUGAUGCGAUGCCAGGAUACUGCACUGGUUAGCUCGCUGGACCUCAGACGGAAGACAAUGAUUCCUCACGACACCAGACAACCUUACUGCUGCUGCCCUUUCUCCGCCUGACCUGACUUCUUCGCGGUGACUCCAGUCGUUGUGUGCAUUGCUAGGAUAAGCUAUUUGGGACCUGAUACUUGUGACCAAACCAGCGAUUAUCAGUAUCCAUGUAGGGUCACGGCCCGCACCUCACAAUAUCCGCCCCGGGGUUAGGAGGAGGAGGAGGAGGAAAAGGUGGAGGAAGAGGAAGAAGAAAAGGAGGAGGAGGAAGAAGUGGAGGCAUAAGUGGAUGAGGAAGAGGAGGAGUCAGACAGGAGCGUGGACAGCUGUGUGAUAACGUUGGUGCUCCUUGUGGGAUGGCAUCCUCCAAGGCUAAGAGUUUCCUAUUAGUUCGUAAUUCAGCUACAAUCAAAAUUACACAUUCCCUUAGAUUAUCAGCCUCACAUCCCCACCAAAGCCCAACCCUUCCCUUCCUGCGAUCCCAAGCAGUCAUCAAACAAAUUAGUACAGAGCAUCACAACUUCAAUGGGCAGUAUCCCUAUCAAUCAAAUUUCAGAACUCCUCAAUUUGUUACAUAGCAGAAGGUUUGCAUCCUCAUACCUUGCCUCAGUUCCUCCCUGCCACCUGUCCCUUCCCUUUGCAUGAUAGCCCUUCACCCCUUAUUUUACCUAACAGCCAUUCCUUAACGCUACGCCCUGUCCCUGUCCACGACCGAUCCUGUCUCUCGACCCCACCACUGCCCCUCCGACCUUCCCUCACACACACACACACACACACACACACACACACACACACACACACACACACACACACACACAUACAUACAUACAUACAUACAUACAUACAUACACACACACACACACACACACACACACACACACACACACACACACACACACACACACACACACACACACACACACACACACACACAUCCCACGCGCCUCACUCUUGCAAAAUGAAUUAUGGUAACAUUUGCAGUUUAACUUUCGUGCAGCAUUGCAUUCAGUAAUAAGCCAAAAUUUCAAGUGAUUUAAAAGUGAAACGUUGCAUCCGAGCAUCCAGUAGAGGGCGAGUCGAGGGGUUUUUGAGGCUCACCAGCAAUAUUGGAAUCAACACCCAGGAGCGGAUUUUGUGAGGUGAAGGGAGGAGGCGAAAACCUGCCCACCUGCCCAUGUGAGUGUCCUGCAAGGCGUUUGUUUGAAACGGCGUUUGUUUGAAACUAAGACAAGAAACGAGAGCUGGAAAGACGGAAAGACAUGCCAGUUCAUGUUAGUAGCUGCUGACACACCUAUCUACCUCUCUCAGGGUGGAAGUUUCCUGUCUUGUAGAAUCGUUCUGAAAUUAGUGGAUUGAACUAUUUCGUUUGUUACCUGUCGGUCACUAUCAAGGUUCAUGAUGAUGACUUAGGUGUGAAGUGCAGGGCAGCGUGGUAGUGGUGUCGCCUCCUUGGGUCGUCAGCUGUGUUGUGUCGCGGCGCAAGGACGGAUCAGACACCCCAGCACCUCCUCUCAUAAGGGCGAUAAUCCAGGUCAGACCAUGGGAUUCUCGGCCUUCAGGUGCAUGUGGGUGCCAGGUGGCGUCUGUCCUCGUCCUUCUUGCAGCUUGUAAUUUUAUUGGCUCAAUUGUGAAUAUCUGAUAAGUUUACAUACGUUGGUAGUUUUUUGGAGAUUGAUAACUGGCAUAAAAAAAAUCCUUUGUUUGCUUGGCUCAAUUUGAUCAGUUAUUUGUUAUGAUUAAAAAAAACAGACUUUCUUCGAAUUAGACUGUGCCUUGCUAUGGUUAAAAAAACAAAACAACAAAAAAAAAGAACUUUGUGUUGCUUCUUAUUAUUAUUUUCAGCAAAUUGGCAACAUUUGUAAUCUCACUCUGGUGAUUCUAGAAAAUAAAUUUACUUUUGUACCCCCAAUUGGCUUUUGGUGUUUCUUAAAUUCCAAUUUAGUUACUUUUGAAGCAGACAAAUCUCACUCGCCUUGAGGGGUGACUCCCAGCCACGGGGGGAGAGACUUUCUGAAGGCAAGGUACGGAUUGGCACUGUUCCGUCGACUGUGUGUGUGUGUGUAUGAGAGAGAGAGAGAGAGAGAGAGAGAGAGAGAGAGAGAGAGAGAGAGAGAGAGAGAGAGAGAGAGAGAGAGAGAGAGAGAGAGAGAGAGAGAGAGAGA